GGUCCUGUGACCGGUCAGGCGGCGUCAGCGGGCGCGGCGGAGGGCGGGCCGGCCUCGGGGGAGUUUCCGCGGCCGCCGGGGGCGCGGCGGCAGAGCGCGAGGCCGGGCAGGGGGCCAGACUCGGAGCCCAGGCGCGCCCGACAGCCGCAGCGCUCAUGGCGGGCGGCGGAGCCGGGGACCCCGGCCUGGGGGCGGCCGCCGCCCCGGCGCCCGAGACCCGCGAGCACCUCUUCAAGGUGCUGGUGAUCGGCGAGCUUGGCGUAGGCAAGACCAGCAUUAUCAAGCGUUACGUGCACCAGCUCUUCUCCCAGCACUACCGGGCCACCAUCGGGGUGGACUUCGCCCUCAAGGUCCUCAACUGGGAUAGCAGGACUCUGGUGCGUCUGCAGCUGUGGGACAUCGCGGGGCAGGAGCGAUUUGGCAACAUGACCCGAGUAUACUACAAGGAAGCUGUUGGUGCUUUUGUAGUCUUUGAUAUAUCAAGAAGUUCCACAUUUGAGGCAGUCUUAAAAUGGAAAAGUGAUCUGGAUAGUAAAGUUCAUCUUCCAAAUGGCAGCCCUAUCCCUGCUGUCCUCUUGGCUAACAAAUGUGACCAGAACAAGGACAGUAGCCAGAGUCCUUCCCAGAUGGACCAAUUCUGCAAAGAACAUGGCUUUGCGGGAUGGUUUGAAACCUCUGCAAAGGAUAACAUAAACAUAGAGGAAGCUGCCCGGUUCCUAGUGGAGAAGAUUCUUGCAAACCACCAAAGCUUUCCUAAUGAAGAAAACGAUGUGGACAAAAUUAAGCUAGAUCAAGAGAACUUGAGAGCAGAGAGCAAAUCCCAGUGUUGCUGAUACAGCUUCUGCUUCUCUUGUGUGUGCCUCAGCUCUGAAGAAGUUCCUGAGAAUGGGUUACGGAUGUCAUGUUAGCUGUGAGUCUGUCUUCCCACAGGUGGCACUUCAAAAGGCAGCACCACUGGGCGCCUGCACUUAUUUGAAAAUGGAACUUUGGGAGAAGUAUCCCUGCUAGUGGCUCUGUAACUUAACAGAUGACAAUUAGGCUUUUGCCAUUGUUGCCAUCAUAUGGAAGAUAAUGUUUACAUCCUUUUAAACAUCUUUUUAUAUGACAGUUCCUCAGGAUUUGGUAAGCCUUCCAAGCUGUAGCUUUCAGUGUAAGUGCUGGGGUGGUAAUAAAAUGUUACCUCCAGUCUUA